ACGCGAGAGAAGACCAGACGUAACCGAGACACAAGACUUCGAGGGCGAGAUAGAGAGACACGCCUUCACAUCACAAACUGGGACUAACACUCCCACUGCAGUGCACGUAAUGAAGCCCCACGCCCUCCUAGCCGCCCUGCUGACCCACGCCCUCACCCACGCCGCGCCGCCCACCCAGCAGACGGCCGUGCCCUACCUCCCUGCCGCUAACGCCUUCGAGUACGAUUAUAGUGCCGAUGUCGAAGCCCAGGAACGGAUUCUGGUGCAGGCCACGACGCAGCAGGCAGUCAUGCAGCCCCGGGACCCCCUUGAGGACGCACACCCACCCAAGCGUUACCCACUCCUUGCCCCCUCCAUCCCCUCGUCUGACCGCAACAUGAGGGCUCGCGAGAUGGCCAAACUAAACAUCAUGGACCGUAUACUGAUUGCCCUGGGGCCCACGUUCGGCAAGGAGCUCCCCCGCCUCAACACUGAUGCCCUGGCCACCGUGUCCACGCCUCUCCUCAACAUAAACAGCUCCGCGCCCUGCCCCUACAAGUACAAGCGGUGCUCCUCCCAAACGUUCUUUCCGACUUGUGACAUCCCGAAGAACACGUCACCGGAGAUCUGGCCGCAGCGCUUCAACCUCUUCUUCAACCUCUCCUCGGACUUCGGCAACAACCUGUACGUGAUCAACGCGACGCUGCGCCUGUACAAGAACAACUCCCUCCCUCUCGAGCACCCUAAGACGCUCCUCAUACGGGCACACUACUACUUGAAGAGCUUGACCAAGAGGCGAGACCGCAAGAGGCUGGUGGCGGGCGUGCAGAUCUCCAGCGACUACCUGGGCUGGGUGACGCUGCCCGUGCCGGGGAUGGUCAAGCGAUGGAAGCGACAGAGGAACAACCACGGCGUGCUCGUCUCCGUCACGGACGUGGAUGACACGCACUGGGACGCGCCCAAGAUCUUCGUCAUCAUGGACUGCGUCUCCGGUGCCGUGCCGCUGCCCUUCGAGGUCCAGUCUGAGCAGGACCGUCAGAAGUACCCGUCCCUCAACGUACGACUGGGCAGCCCCGACGACACCUUGGACCCGGAUCUGCUGCCCGAGUCCACCCCGCGGCCCCGCCAGUCCUACAACCCCUCCGCCCUCAACUACUCCACGCCGCUCCCGCCGUACGGGCCCACGCCCACCAUGCAGGGGGACGACCCGCAGCUGUACGAGGACGAUUACGAGGCGGACCUGAGGCACGAGGAGGAGAAGGAGCGGGAAGUGGAGGAGGAGGGCAGGGCGGCGAACAUAGCGCCCCCCCACGUCGAGAUUAUGGACCUCAUCGCACGGGAAUUUCCACUCCUGGAGGAAGAGGAGGAGGAGGAGGAGGAGGAGAACGAGGAGGAAGGCAUCAACCCCCAUCCAACCAACUCCUAUCCACUCCUCCACCAAAUCCACCACCACCACCUCCGCCAAAGCCAAAGAACACCACCACAAGCACCACCCACAACCCCACCACCGCCACACCACUUCCUCCCCGUCUUCACCACCGCCACACCACCACCACCACCACAGGACCCUUCCACCAGCAUCCCCGCCCGGCCACAAUUCUUACGCCGCCCCCAAUCGCCCCCCUCCCCCCCCAGGGCAAGCCUCCGCGGCCCCGUCAGAAAGCGUGGCAUCAAGUCUCGAAAAAGGAACCGUGUGGGGGGGCACCGCAGGGAGUAGAGGACCACUGGGGGGCGGGGGGGGCAUAGGCAUUCCCCCCCCUACGACAACCCCCCUCUCCUUACCUCAAUAGGAACCACUAAACCUCAGCCCCUCCUCCUCCUCCUCCUCCUUCUCCUCCCCCCCCCUCCCCCGUGUAUAUAUAUCCCCCCCCUCCUCCUCCUUCUCCUCCCUAACUGAGUACCUCCAUAGCUAGCUACCCACCUCUACUAUGUAUAUUAGAGAGAGAGAGAGAGAGAGAGAGAGAGAGAGAGAGAGAGAGAGAGAGAGAGAGAGAGAGAGAGAGAGAGAGGUGUUUGUUAUAUAGUGUAGCGGAGAAUCAAAACAAAACGAACAUACAAACACACAAACAAAGGCAUUCCAAACAAAUACAAAACCAAUAGACAAACGAACACACACACACACACACACACACACACACACACACACACACACACACACACACACACAAAC